ACAUUCAUAUUAUUAGAAAUCCGACAUUUUAUCCAAAGAAAAAAAAAAAGACGGCAAAUAUCGCCAUAGCUUUUUUAACCGUUGAUAAAAUGUCUUGGGUCCAAAAAGAAAUCCGUUUAAACCAACGUAGAAGAGGAUGUCAUCUUGUUCAUAAAGAGAUUGUGGGUCAACUUCCCGAAUUGAAAACUUUCAAAAUUGGCAUGGCCAAUGUAUUUUUACAACACACUUCAGCUUCUUUAAUGAUUAACGAGAAUUUCGAUUCUGAUGUACAAAAGGAUAUGGAAAUGGGUUUAAACAAAAUUGUGCCCGAGGAUUUUCCCUACAUUCACACUGCUGAAGGCUCCGACGAUAUGCCUGGACAUUUAAAAUCAGGUAUUGUGGGUGUGUCGUUGAAUAUUCCUAUCACAGAUGGUAAAUUGAACUUGGGAACUUGGCAAGGAAUUUAUCUUUGUGAACAUCGUAACUCUGGUGGAUCUCGUAGAGUCAUUGUGACAUUACAAGGUCAACAAAAAAAGUAAAAAUAAAAUUAAUUAUAGAUUGACGGGUAAAAAAAUACACCUAUAAAUGACGAAUCGAUUAGCGAGUGUUGACGUCGGUAUAAAAAGCAAUCAUAACGUCAUACUAAGUGUUCUACGGAAUCCCAAUCAAUCUAUUUCUGUGGUAUUGCCUAAAACAAAAAAACAAAACAAAAAAAGGCAGGAAAGAAUGAAUAAGCAUGUAUUCAUUAUCAUGUUUGCCACACCGUGAAACCCUC